ACCUGCGUGCCGGCCCAUCUGUCCAUCCAUCCAUUCAUCCACCCAUUUAUCCAGUCGUUGUUCAGGGCCUGCGGAGCGCCAGCACUAUGCUGACUGUGGGGCUACAAUAGAGGAGAAAGACAGGACUUCUCCUGACGGGUUAUGUCACCGACAGAGGCUGCCCUGAAGCUCCCUGUGGCCUGGAGACUAUGUACAAGAGGAAUGGUCUGAUGGCUAGUGUGUUGGUCACCUCCGCCACUCCACAGGGCAGCAGCAGCUCAGACUCUCUGGAGGGCCAGAGCUGCGACUAUGCCAGCAAGAGCUACGAUGCCGUUGUCUUCGACGUCUUGAAAGUGACUCCCGAGGAGUUUGCUAGCCAGAUCACAUUAAUGGACAUCCCUGUGUUCAAAGCCAUCCAGCCAGAGGAACUAGCCAGCUGUGGAUGGAGUAAGAAGGAGAAACAUAGUCUCGCCCCAAACGUUGUGGCCUUUACCCGGAGGUUUAACCAGGUCAGCUUUUGGGUUGUACGAGAAAUUCUAACAGCACAGACUUUAAAAAUAAGGGCAGAAAUCCUGAGCCAUUUUGUGAAAAUAGCCAAGAAACUCCUAGAACUCAACAACCUUCACUCUCUCAUGUCUGUGGUGUCGGCAUUACAAAGUGCACCCAUCUUCAGGCUGACAAAGACCUGGGCUCUUUUGAAUCGAAAAGACAAGACCACCUUUGAGAAAUUGGACUACCUGAUGUCUAAAGAAGAUAAUUACAAGCGGACUCGGGAAUACAUCCGAAGCCUGAAGAUGGUUCCCAGUAUUCCCUAUCUAGGGAUCUAUCUUCUGGAUUUAAUCUACAUUGAUUCUGCAUAUCCUGCCUCAGGCAGCAUCAUGGAAAACGAACAAAGAUCCAAUCAGAUGAACAAUAUUCUCCGAAUAAUCGCAGAUUUACAAGUCUCCUGCAGCUACGAUCACCUCACAACCCUGCCCCACGUGCAGAAGUACCUGAAGUCCGUGCGCUACAUCGAAGAACUCCAGAAGUUUGUGGAAGACGACAACUACAAACUGUCGCUCAGAAUUGAACCAGGAAGCAGCUCUCCAAGACUCGUCUCUUCAAAGGAAGAUCUUGCAGGCCCCUCUGCCAGCUCCAGCUCCGCAAGGUUCAGCCGGAGGCCUACCUGUCCUGACGCGUCUGUGGCUGGUAGCCUCCCCACACCCCCGGUCCCAAGACACAGGAAGAGCCACAGCCUGGGCAACAAUAUGAUGUGUCAGUUGAGUGUAGUUGAGAGUAAAAGUGCGACAUUCCCAUCGGAGAAAGCGAGGCACCUGCUGGACGACAGUGUCCUAGAGUCCCGCAGCCCUCGCAGGGGCCCCGCCCUCACCUCCUCCUCCUCCGCCGUCACCAAUGGACUCUCGCUAGGCAGUAGUGAGAGCUCAGAGUUUAGUGAAGAAAUGUCUUCAGGGCUGGAAAGCAGGGGACGUCUCUACGCCACGCUGGGGCCCAACUGGAGAGUUCCAGUUCGGAAUUCUCCCAGGACCCGGAGCUGCGUCUACAGCCCCACCGGCCCCUGCAUCUGUGCGCUGGGGAGCUCGGCGGCCGUGCCCACCAUGGAGGGGCCCUUGAGAAGGAAGACUCUGCUCAAGGAAGGACGGAAGCCCACACUGUCCUCCUGGACCAGGUACUGGGUCAUCCUCUCAGGAUCCACCCUCCUGUACUAUGGAGCCAAGUCCUUGCGGGGCACAGACAGAAAACACUACAAAUCCACGCCUGGCAAAAAGGUCUCCAUCGUGGGCUGGAUGGUGCAGCUGCCGGAUGACCCCGAGCACCCGGACAUCUUCCAGCUGAACAACCCUGACAAAGGCAAUGUUUACAAGUUCCAGACUGGCUCCCGGUUUCAUGCAAUACUGUGGCACAAGCAUUUGGACGAUGCAUGUAAAAGCAACAGGCCUCAGGUACCUGCAAACCUCAUGUCGUUUGAAUAAGUCUUUGCACAUGGCGUGACUUCAGAGGCUUCUGAGAGCCCCGACUGGACUGUGGUGAGUGCAGGUCCUGGGCACAGGCCACUGGCCUGGUGCUGGGAGACGCACAGCUGGACUCCAGGGGACGCCGCCUGUGGCCUCCCAGCCCAGAGGCGCUCUCGGCGCCAACCCCAGUGACUCUCAUGACACUCAUUCAGCAGCUCCGUCGUCCUCCCUCUCUGGGCUCGUGUCCCUCAGCUGCUGCUGCGACCAGAGCAUUCAGCCGAGGGGCCCCAGGGCUUCUCCUGCACGAAGGAGUGGACAGUGUUAACUGCGUGAGGGGCCAGAGAGCAGGCACCGGCUGCGGAAGGGGCUUUUACGCCCCAAGUGCACGGGGCUGCUCGCCCACGGGCCCCCUCAGAUUUUGUACAACCCUAAGCGUCCUCUGCACGUGCGUGCCGUGUACGUGUGCACACGAGCGAGCGUGAACUCUUCGAGAAACAUGCAUUUUGGCACAAGGUGCGUGACAUCACACACUUCAUUGGCUUCGAGGCCCUGCUUUAACCUUACGUGGCAGCCUUGUCCACCAAGGAAGGUCGGAGUGGGAGCCCAGAUCCCUCCUGUGUUAAGGGCCCCUUGCAUUCUUUUACUGUAAACAACAAUGCCUUAAA